CUUAUGUGCCUACCCAGAGGAAACCUACACGACGUGGAAAGGAAUGAAUAGAAGAGGGGCAACGAGGAGAGGAGAGAUCGCAAAGACGAAGCACGGCCAACCGGUUUUACGCGGCUGCAGCAGUCUCUGGGCGCCGACGGUGCGGGAGUGGGAGUCGUUUGCGCCGCCGUCGCUCUCGCAGUCAAAACAAAUGUAGCCGACGGGGGUGUCGGAGCAACAACAGUAUGCGCUCGCUCUAACCUCGCGCGAUUACACAUACACAUACCUUGUGUACUCUCACAAGAUCCUGCGUGAACACCUGUACUAUGCCGACGACACGCGCGAGAUUUUAACGCGCAUCGUGCUGUCGUAAGAAGCCAGCUGGUCGAAGUUGAUACACCGCAGGCACGACUCUUAUACCUGGCCGCAUCGAUUGCCCGCGGAUCCCGGCCACGCACAGAAUGUCAACGUCGACGGGACAAGUGCUGCGCAGCGUCGGGCCAAAACUCGUGCCAUUCUUCAAAAGCGUGUGCGUUUACUUCGUACUCCUGGCCGAACAGCCAUGCCUAUUAACGGCGUGUUUCAAAUGCCUGCCUAUAAUUAGCCUAAUUGUCUUCAUUCUUUUACACGGUAUCAACUUAUCGAAAGAGUACGCGUUCAAUCGGCGAAUAUUAACAGGCCUAGUAUUCAGCUGUCUCGGGGAUGCCCUUCUCGUGUGGCCCAGUUGCUUCGUCUUCGGCAUGGCGAUGUUCGCCAUUGCCCAGGUGAUGUACACGACCGCCUUCGGCUUCAGCCCCUUCAACGCCAAGCUCGGGGCGUUUAUCUAUGCCCUUUGCGCGAUAAUAAUUUACACACUGAUGCCCGGCCUCAGCGGUGUCUUGAAGAUCGGUGUGCCGGUCUACACGCUUCUGCUCGGGACCAUGUCGUGGAGGGCUAUUGCCAGGGUUCAGUUCUACGGGGGAAAAUGGACGUGGACAAGGUUGUGCUGCUGCAUCGGAAGCAUAUGCUUCGUGAUAUCGGACACACUGAUUGGCUUUCAUCACUUCUACAAGCCUGUCCCUUACCCGCAAAUCACCAUCAUGCUGACGUACUACGCCGCUCAACUUGGAAUAGCUCUGAGUGCAGUCGAGUCGAAGGACAAUAAAGAGACCGCCGCCAAGCGAUAAGAGUUCAAUUCCUGUGUCAAAGCCGAUCAUGAUUCCGUGUUUGAGUCGAGGAAAGCAAAGAGAAAUACCAUUGCUAAUUGAAUAUCUUGACGCACUGCCAGUCUUUGGGCAAAAAAUCUUUUUCGUGUAGGAUAUAUUUAUACAGGAUUCUGAACAGCGUUGGACAAAAUGCGAAUAUCGCGCAGAGGUUCGUGUUAAGUGUGCAGCACAUUUAUCAUAACGUUCAAACUGAUUCAUUUGAAUAGAUUUUUCAAUCCCGAAAAUACAAAAAUUGAAUUGUUUGUUUUUCAGUUUUGUUUAUCAUCUCUUUUUUCAAAAAACGUAUUUUUGUAAAUGAAAAAUAUUGAAAAUUAAAGAACAUAUAGCUGUUCAGUGUCCUUGAAAGAUUAUUAAGCAUAAAAUCAGCAACUUUUAUCCUUGUUAUAAAAGUCAAAUAUGUAGCUGGCACACUGCUGACAUGCAGUUUACUGUUUGUAAAAUUUAUAGAUUUUAAAUAGUUUUCGGAUAGAUUUAGUGAUAAAUUUUCAUCGGUUGAACGAUGAAUUCUACGUCAAACAUCUGAGCCAUUUCUAAACUUGUUGUCGAAGGCAUAUUCCUAAAGCAAAGAUAUCAAGGAUCCAAGAAUAACGUAGGUCUGUUUUUAGAAAAUAUUUUAGACUAUAUUGUACAGUCAUAAUAGUGCAAUUUAUUACAUUUGAAAAGAUGAAAAAUUCUUGCGAAAGCAUUUCUCUCGGUAAUACAUACAUAAACGAUUUUCUAAUAGAACUCAUUUUAAUAUAAUUCCAAGAGGAUUAAACUAAUUUUGUAGACAAUCCAAAGAUACGUUCCUAUCGAAAUAUCUUAUUUUUCGAACAAACAAUAUUGGAUAAUUAAUAUUAUACCUAUACAAACGUUCUUUUUCUUAAGUUUAAAAACCUUGUACUUCUGAACAACUGAAGCGCAAAAACAUAUCAAUUAUGUAGUUCAAUACUGGUAACGGCUACAUGGUACUGAUAUGAAAAAUAUCACAUUCGCAUAACGUAUAUCACAUCCAAGCUGACAUUGUUCCGACUUCCGACGUUACAAAUAUUAUGUGUCCGGGUGUUAUUGUUGUAGAAUUUUAAAAAACUGUAUGUAACUUCUAUAGGUAAUGGUCACUUAUUUAGUACGGAGAUUUUUCUGCACAGAGGUGUGAGGUUUAAUAUUAAACUGUACAAUGGAGACUGAAGUACAAAAACGGCAAAAAACUGGAGUUGGUACCGUGUGAUAAACUCUAGCCAAACUGUACUAAAACACUAUUUAGUAUAGUUUUUCAUCAGAGGUUAAAAUGUUAAUAAUUAUCAUUACAAAUGUUACAUUAGAAAAUAUUGACAUGACAGUGUAAUUCUAUCUGUGUUAUUGUACUUUUCAAGUUUUGCAUGAGAUAUUUAUGGAAAAUGAUUUAACAGGAAAAUAAAUAAACAUGAUUAUUUUAUUUUUA